AUGUCCAGUGGUAACGCUAUCCUGUCCACCUUGGGGGACUUCCGGGAUCUUCUGUUCCCCUGGAGCGGGAGCGCGCAUACAAAAAAAUAUCUUCGCGAUGCUACACAAGAAUCUAUCCUCGGAGAUCUCCUCGAAACCUUGAAGCGAAGAACAUUGGAGCGAAGAACACUCAAGGCCGGGCAGCUUGCGGAAUUGGAAAAAACCUUCUACAAAUACGCCUUUCAAGACCAGGGCAACAAGCAGCGAUAUUGGAACGAGGAAAGCUUCGGAGAGCACAUGAAGCAAACGCAUCCUGACCUUGCGGGUUCUCAGGCCGUGAUUCAACUGCUAUGGAGAUCUUUUCAUUUUCACGCAUUUCACCCCUUCCCCGAUAGUUUGACAGAUGAGAGAAUUGACUGGGAGGCCUUUCAGCGUGCAUUUUUGUUCCAGGUCGCGCAAGGCGCUGAUCUCCUGGGCGUGCUAGAAGAAGCCGAUAUGUACUGGCAGUUUCAGUACGACCAGAAUCUUGUUCAUCAAGCCAAAGUGAAAAGGAUCUUCAGAAGCAUUGCAGUUCCGGAACGGACAAUCGCUUUAAUAGAAGAUGAAUCGAACUUUGCCGUGGAAGAGACUGCUGAUGUCGUGGCCAUGAUGCAGCCUUUCUUUCCGCCUCAUGCACCCAUGCAAGAAGAGGUUUUCCCUACUGCAAAACGUCUAUUUGCUGGGAAUACUACUCAAAGCAGACGACGCGUAGCUCGAAAACAUUUCGCGACGUUACUGAGUAUUCUCAUUCGGCUGAGACUACAUGCGUCUGCCCUGUUUGGCAGAUUCGAGAAAGCAGACCCCGGUGACGAGUUACCAAUCAUCUUAUUGGACUCACUAGGUGGCCAGGACCAAGAGUACCUGGAGCUUGAUCAAGUCAGCUCGAUACUAUACCUACUCCCAAAUCUGUACAUUCGAUUUUCUCAGAUAUGGAAAGUCCUUUUCCAGUCCCAUAUGCCCGCAGACUUUGGGACUCAGUCUGAAGCACAUAAUGGUAUCUCGGGUCAAAUAAUCGGUGCUAUUUCAUUAUUUGUGCCUCAUCCUAUUACCGGUGUGAAUGGCCCGAUGGAGGAUGGACGAAUCGCUGUCGAUUCAAUUCAACUAUCUCUAAAUGGUGACAGUUCAACAGUGACAGAUAUCGCUAAGGCCUUUACCAGUGAUUCACGUCCCCGUUUGAUGCUUAUUGCUGGUAAAAAUACCAAAAACUCCCAGUCGACAGUAAUGGGGAUCUAUCUACCAUCAGCAUUUUCGGAAGGAGUCUCUCUGCGUCUUUUCUUCGAGUUGCAGCCGAAAUUUCGUCUCCAUCGAUGGUCCAGCUACCACAAAGGACUGACAAGCAUGCUGGUCAGGGAUGGCUCUAAGGAUGUGAAGAGUCUAUUAUCUCGAGAGUCUAAUGCCAAUUCUCCUGGUGACCUCGAGUCCAAUGAGCCAUUUUGGAUUGGUGGUCCAGAAGGCGAAGAAACUUGCAUCAAAAUUGAUCCAGCGAGAAAGCUAGCGUCUUCCGUGUGUCAUUCAACGGAAAUUCAAGUGGAAUAUAGCCACUUCGCCGUGCUCGGGAUUUCGGGUGGGGAGCCAACCGUGCUUCCAGGCCUUAUGAAUACGAGUACCACGUGGGCAAAAGGUCUUCCAGGGACUUUUCAGGAGGGCCCAAAGACCGGAGUAAAUCAAGGGAAUGAACUGAAAGCACGGAUAAUGGGAUUUGGCCCCGUUUGA